AUGGUGGACAUGGACAUGGACAUGGACGAUGCGACAAGGCUCAUCGGAGACCUGCAUCAGAAGCUAGCCGACUUGGACCACAAGGUCGCAGCCUACCGCCAAGACAUGGCAACCGAGUUCCAUCGAUACUCGCGCCAACUACUCCAAAACAUCCCACCCGACAUAUCAGCCGAGGUCGAUCGUGCCGUCGCCGCUACCUUGGUCAACUAUCCCGCGCUGCGUCCCGCCCUCGUUCCACCACGACACUUGUCUGACUCACCCCCACCGCCGCCCACCGACGACGCCGGAUUCCUCACCGAAUCCCACAGCAACCCCGACGACGCCCACCACCCUCCGCCGCCGCCGUCGCCCAAGUCCACCCCUCCAUCCGUCCUUCCCCAUGCCGGCACUGCUGCCCUAACCUCUCCCGAUACUGCCUACGAUCGGGAAAGGGAUAGGGAUUUCCACGGCCUCUUCACCCCAAGCUACCUGCCCCUGCUCGACAGCUCACACUCGUCGCCAGCGCCAGCGCCAGUAUCAGCACCGGCACCGGCACCGGCACAGACAACGACACCAACACCAGCAUCAGCAACCCACUCGCCAACCCUGUCACCGGCUUCGAAGCCUGCUACCGACGACGACGACGACGACGGCGACGAUAUGGGUCGGCGUAAGCCCGCACAGCCGAGGGAGCAGCAGCAGCAGCAGCAGCAGGAGUCUGCUACGAGCCAGCCAUCGGUGGUCGCUACCACCCAAGCCCCCGAUCGACCGACCCACGAACGCCGUGGAACCAAUGACACGACAUCCUCUGGCGCAUCGGAGCAGAGCGACUCCAAGGUGCGCCGCAGUGCCUUGCGCAGGGCUUCGAGCGGAUCCAAGCCCCCAGCCAGCCCCAGGCGAGUGCGCUUCGAGUUCGAGGGCGGGGAAGUGCUGCCGACAACCUCGCCCCAGUCGUCGGAGCCGUCGCUGGUGCUGUCACACACCCUCGCCAAUUCGAGGUCACCCCCUCCACCGGAAGACGACUCAAUGAGUGUCGAGUCCAUUCUGGGCCCCGACGAGGACAGCGGGCCGCCGCCGAAGAAGGUGUCUUCUUCCCAAGCUCUUCGUGCUCUCUCCCGGGCCCCCUUGGAUGCAAACACUGUCUGGACUGUCGUAAAUCCCGAAGCCAUGGAAAAGGAAAAUGGAAGCAUGGCGACGUCAGAUUCAGAGACCUCGUUGCAAACAGACGAUGCCCCAAAGCCUGCCCCGACGCUGCAAACACCACCAACACCACCAAGAGCUACUGUCUCGGAGCGCAAACAGACACCGAGGACUUCAGACCCAGAGCCUCCGGUGGCGGUGAAUAAGAGAAGGGAUGACAACAAAGAUGAAGAUGACGACGACAGUUCCUCUGAUGACGAGUUCUUGGCCAUGGCAAAGCCAAAGUCCUUUGCCAACAAAAAGGCCAUUCUUUCACCAUUAUCACGCUCACCGACCAGAACAUCAUCCGUUCCCUACAGUCCAACCCCAGACAAAACCGGGUCACGCAGCGAAAACAGGUCCUUUUUAGAGCAAAGGGAUGCUGACGAAGACGAGGACGACGAUGACAUGUUCCACUUCGAGGGGCUCAGUGCACCCCCCAAGCCUCGAUUCCGACCAGCGCCGAUACAGGAAGAGGAGGAAGAGGACGAGGACGAUGAUGAAAACCGGGCACACGAGCCGGCGGCACCGACGUUAUACUCGACCUCGCCCGCUGUAUCGAUUCCCAAGGCGCCGGAGCCAGCAAUUCCAGCCCAUCUCAUUUCGGGCUCGGUGGGUUCGUUCAGAGGCCGUCCCGUCACGAUGCCCGUGGUCAAGAGCCUUGACGUAUACCAACAAGCGGCCUCGCUUGGUGACGUCAGCAGCUUUAUCGGAGGGCUGGAUGGGCGCAGCGGUGUCGACGAUGGAGAUCUCAACAGCUAUCGUGCCAGCGUCGGGCAGUCGCUGUUCUCCGGGACGCCUCGAAGCUUGACGGAACGAAUGAUGAUGGAAGAGGCACAGAGUCAGAGACGGGCGGCAGCGCAGCGACCACACUGA